GAAGAAAAAGAAAGACGUAGGAAAGCCGGAAAGUGAAUCAAUCAAAUCCGCAAAAUGCAAAAAAGCGACCAGCUAAUCGGGAGAUCGGAAGAGAAGUGAUCGCUUGUUUCUCAGAUCACCGGAAAAACCUCCCCGAUGUUGUAGUCUCUAGCCUACCUGUUGAAAGCUCAGCUCCCAAAAUGAAGCUCCUCGUCGGUAUUCUCUUCUUCUCCUUCUUCCUCGCUAUUCCCUCCGCCGUCGCCAGAGGCGGCGAGCGCGGCGGCACUCUCUCAGAUUAUGAGAAUGAUAGGAGCAAUGUGGCUACUACUGCACGGAUUUUGCUUGAAGAUGAGAAGUCACAGAACAAGAUCGCUAGAGCUCGUGGUUACAUGACGAACUCGGAUCUCGAGAAGGCAGUGAAGGAUUUUGGGGGAAGAUGUAGCAACAUUUCUAGGAUAUACAGUAUCGGGGAGAGUGUGAAUGGAGUUCCGCUGUGGGUAAUAGAAAUUUCUGACAAGCCUGGAGAAGAAGAGGGUGAGCCUGCGUUCAAGUAUAUUGGAAAUGUUCAUGGGGAUGAACCUGUUGGGCGUGAACUUCUUAUUCGGUUAGCUAAUUGGAUAUGCGACAACCAUUUGAAGGAUCCUCUGGUCAGAUCAAUUGUCGAAAAUAGUCACCUUCACAUUCUUCCAUCAAUUAACCCUGAUGGUUUUGCACUACAGAGGCGUGGUAAUGCAAAAAAUAUUGAUCUGAAUCGUGAUUUUCCUGACCAGUUCUUUCCUCUGAAUGAUGAUAUAAAUACGCGUCAACCUGAAACAGCAGCAGUUAUGAAAUGGUUGGGAGAGAUACGUUUUACAGGUUCUGCAACUUUGCACGGGGGUGCACUUGUUGCAAAUUAUCCAUGGGAUGGUACCCGUGAUGGAAGGAAACAUUAUUAUUCAUGCCCUGAUGAUAAUACUUUCCGGUUCCUAGCAAGCACUUAUAGUCGAUCUCACCAUAACAUGUCUUUGAGCAAGGAGUUCCCAGGGGGCAUAACAAAUGGAGCACUUUGGUACCCAAUAUAUGGAGCAAUGCAAGAUUGGAACUACAUACAUGCUGGAUGUUUCGAGUUGACCUUGGAAGUCAGUGAUGAUAAAUGGCCUAUGAUAGAUGAGAUCCCUACACUUUGGGAGUACAACAAAAUGAGUUUGCUGAACCUUGCAGCUUCAGUUUUGAAGGUGUACAUUUCUCUUACAGACAGGCGUACAUGGAAGGAUCUUUGCCUCAGAUUCUGGAACUCCUUUGCCUGGAUUUAUCACCAUCAAGGGAAUAAACUACACGGUAUAAAGCUCAUCAUCUGUGCCACUUUUCUUUUUCUUCUUUCAGUUUUCCCCUGUGGUUCAAUUGAAGGUGACCGCUGGCAGAGCAUUCGGGGACUAUCAUCGGCUACUGUCAUGGCUUCUAUGUCCGGAUACAAAUCUAAGACGACGACGAUAUCACUAGGAGAGGUAGCCAUGACGCUGGAUUUCAUUCUCGAUCCAGAUACCACAACCGAGCGGUAUCUAUGGAGAACUUCUGGUUGCAACUGUGGCAGCAGCAGCAGCAGCGGCGGCGGAGGCAAGUUUGGCCUCGAAAUGUUCUGGACGCUUCACAUGGAAGUUUAUGCUGUUAUCAUCAUAUUACUCUUUUGGUUUCUGUUAAGGAGGAGACUGAAAUCCAAUCUCUUGAACGAUAAACCGCAGGCAGCGCGAAGUUCCUUACUUCCUGCGUAGGCAGCUUGUAGUGUAGCAAAAUAGUGAACAUAUAAUAUUCUUUACUAAUCAAUGUUUUUUCAGCCUCUGAAACAGUCUCGAUGUAGAAUUUACCAAUCCUAGGCAUUAUGUGUACCAGUUUCUUUUUAACCAUUCCUAGAAAAUGCGGGUUUUACCCACUUUGAACUAAUUUGGUAUUUGAUUAAUGUAUUGGUAUUUGACUAGACGUAACAUUAUUUGACGGGUCAGAGAUUUAACGAUUUGGCUAUUA